AUGGCCGGGUUCUCCUGGCGGGAAGAAGUGCCUGCCUGUGUAGACAAGCUCGUGCCCUACAAGGGCCAAGAAAGAGAUGAAGAAGCGCAGCGCCCACUACAAGAAGGCCAAGCUGCCGUUUGCCUCUUACACUGUACUCGACGGCAACCUAUUGACAGGGAAGAACCCCGGGUCGGCUACGGAGACCGUGAAGAAGGUCGUCGCCGCCCUCAGCAAGUCACGAACGUCGUUACCGACCACCUGGUUAGUAGGCAAGGUGGAUGUCCACUCACGCCGAUCCGGCAGCCGGAUCGCACGGGCCCUUGCCGGCAUUAG